AAAAAAGAAUCAAUUAGGAAUCUUUACCGAUGACAGAAGGCAAAAAAUUCAACGCUGGAUGGAAACUUGACGUUGAUGAAAAAGCUUGUUACAUCGACGUCGAGGACGACGAAAAUGAAGAAGACCAAGCAAGGGAUUCCAAUACGGCACAUGGAACCAAGGGUCGGAACGGCGGUGAUGAGCUUGAUAACGGCCAGUCACAGUGGUGUGAUUUACCGGAUCAUAUCAUGGAGCGUAUCUUUGCACACCUGAGCAUCAAACAGCGAUACUAUGCUAGUUUGACCUGUUUCAGCUGGUAUCAGGCAUUCUCGCUGCCAAACGUAUGGUCCAAUUUUCUGGUCGUGGACGAAACACUUUCCCGGCUUAAAUACAACUACUACUCUGGCUGGCAACCGGUGCUGGAUCAUGCCCGAACUCAAAAUUGCCUGAUAUCCGUGGGGAAGCUUUUCCGUGGGCUGGAUUUCCGUCCGGUUUACUCGUUCAACAAUAUGUUUCAAUUCAUGACUCUGAUCUCGUGGGCUAUUGAGCAGAACCAGCAAAUGAAGAUCCCAUCGGAGUGGAAGGGCUGUGGAUUGAAAAUAAAAUCUCUAAAUUACAUCUUCCCCUGCAAUAUGGCCUCCAGCGAGGAUCCGGAAUCGAUCAAACUGUUCGGAACCGGCGGGCAGCUGCUGGCUUCCCUGAAGAGAUUAAUGCUCAACCUACCCAACCUGCAAACGUUGCGGUUGGUCGAUUUGAUGCUGGAACGCUACGAAGCGAACCACCUGCUGGACGAAGUGUUGGAAGCGUGCUGUUUGGUGCUGAAGCGGUUGCACCUGAUCAACGUAACCUUGGUCCAUUGUCCGGUGAUGCACAUUGGACUGUUUUUGAAUCUACAGGUCCUGGUGGUAUCACCGCAAAACAUCGACGACGACGUCUUGACGCUGCUGGCCGACUCGAAGGUACGACACCUGUACCUGCUGCAGAACCGGUACACUCCGGCGGCCAUUUCGAUCACACCCGGCACCGUCAAGGGCUGGCGGAUGGUACGCCAUGAUAAUCCAAAUUUACGGGUCCAUCUACGCGUCGAGUCAACAAGUAGCGGCGAAAUUCUACUCCAACCGGAGGCACCGGUGCACAGCAUGAUUUAUCAGUCACCCAAAACAAUGAUUACUUCGGAUAAGCUGCUCGCUGCAGUCGAUGCUUACAAAUUUACGCUCGCCGUCUAUGGACACGAGAUGCUACCAGAUUUUAGCAGUCCGGUUGAGUUUCAGGAUCGGGUCGAUAGCUUGAUGGUGCUGAUGGCUAGGUCAUGCCCGGAGCUGAGCGUACUGAUGAUCCGCGAGCGCAUCUCAACGACCACGCUACUGCUGAUAGCACGCAGUGCACAGAACCUCCGUCAGCUGUACGUCCGCCACAGCCAACUAGUAGAAGAAUGCGACUGGCCCAAGAACCCCGAAUGGACGGACGAAUUUUUCCAAUGGCUGCAGACAUCAUCCCGUUCCAUCGCUUCAACUGAAAAGGAAAUUUCCCAAAUACUGCAAACCGACUGGAAAACUUUAAGCGACGAAAACUUCCCGAAGGCUUCCCUCACCAAAUACGUGGAUCAUUGAAUUUAAUUCGACGAAAAUUGAACAAAACAAAUGAUACAAAAGAAGAUACUCAAAUAUUAAACGAACAAUAAAGAUGAAGGACGCCAA